GGGAAAUUCUAAUCAUCAAGUUGGCUAUGUAAUAAUAUUAUAAGCUUAUUUCCAGGCCUAAAGUCUAGGUAAGGUAAAGGUUUCGAAAGUAAUUGGAUGACCAUGUAAUACUUAAUAGAGAUGUCCUGUCUAUUGGAUUUGUUUGAUAAUGGUCAGUUUGCUGCUGCUAGUGACCAGCUGACCAACAUAACUGGGCACACAACAGAUCUUACCACACAACUGGCCACUGAGAACAAUGCUGCUGUCCUUGCUUACAUACAACUGAAAGCACAGAGAACAUCUUCUGACGCUGAUCUGUUCAAGUGGAAGUUUGAAAACUGUCUACAGAACUGUGCUGGCGUCCCUGCCAGAGUGGGUGUGCUGACCGUGGAGCUGGCCUCCUUGUAUAAUCACACAUACCUCUCCUUGGUACAUGCCAUCCCAGCCUGCCGUCACCUUAAACUGUGGCAUAGGAGCCUAAUCAGAGUGUGCAGAGUAUUCCACCCCAGAAAAACAAAGCUCAAUUACGACUGUGAUGAGAAAUCUGCUUGUGUGAGUCUGAUCCGACAAUGUCUAAAGGCAAUAGGGGUAGCAUCAGCAUGUGGAUACAUGCCAGUGUGUUGUUUGUUGGCUCGGUGUGUAUGGCUGUGGUGUAUACAGGAGACACGGAUCAACAAUCAUACAGAGGCUGAACAACUUCUACAUACCCUAGCUGAUGCCAUAAACAAGACAGAUUUUCUGGUGACAGGUGACUAUCCAGUGCUGACCUUCCCAUUGUAUGCAGACCAUAUCCAGCUGCCAGUGACCCCGGGCCUGGAGGGACCCCUUUCCAGUGUCCUGUGGGUGGUCAGUCUGUCAGGCAAUACUAGGUAUGACCAGGUGGUCAGUGUACUGGACACAGUCAAGGAUCAACAUCUCGCCCCAUCUGUCAAGUUCUUAUCAGGGUUUGCUAGCUACAAGCUGGGACAGUACACAGAGGGUAUUUCGACGCUGAUGGAGAUUGUCCGCUCCCAGCCCCCUGCCACCCCCAGACUCAGGGCUCGUGUACAUUUCCUUAUUGGACUCUGCUUCACUAAACUUGACAAGAGGCCACUAGGUCUAGCAAUGUUCCGUGAGGCCCUGUGUGCUGAUUUCAGCUUCCUACGGCCACUGUACACAACUGCCCUACAGUACCGCAGUUUUGGAGAUAACGAUAUGGAACUAGAGUGCCUUAACCUUCUCACAAUGGCCUUGGAGAUGCGGGACAGCCCAGGAUUGCCAGUGACAAGUGGUGUGGACGUCCUGUCUCUGGUAGACUUUGAGGAUGAAGAUAUCACCUACCCCACAGCCUUGUACACUCUGGCCAGCAGGGCACUCAAGCUGCACAAGUUUGAUGUAGCUGCAGAAAAAUACACAAUACUUCUACAACAUCUGAGGACAGGAACUGUUCAAAGCGAAGAUUUGCCGCCAGUUUUACAACUGUAUCAUGAGACUAUGGAAGCUACACUAGGAUCUGGUAAAUACAAAGACUGCCUGAAGCUAUGUGACCACGUUCUUGCUUGUUACCAUGGAAACGCAGUCUCCAUGGAUACCACCUAUGAUCCGAGUCAAGGGUCAAGCCAUAGUGGAGAAUUCACAGAUGAGUUGCCUCGUGCUGGAGAUGUGAUAGAUUUUGUUUAUAAUAAAAGAGUUGUGAACAAAAAUUUUAGUCAAAAUAGUAAAAAUAAUGAAGAUUUGUCUAACAAUGGUGAGGAGAUGGAGACCAGUUGCUCUGGUCAGUCUUUGAAGAGGAAGUAUUCAGAAGAUCGUGCCUCUGAAUGUCACCAUGGCGAUACUGAUGUUGUGGCCUUGAAGUUUAAGGCUUUGGCCUUGCACAAGAUUGGGAAAAUAGAAGAUGCAUUGAUCUGUUUGAAAAGGGCCAUACAGAGUAUAUCGGACAUGCGCAGACAGAAGAUGCGGGCAGUGAUGGGUUCAUCCUCAGAGCCUCAGUCUAAACGAAGGAAAAUCCAGGAGCCUGGAGCAAACGGAAAAAAGAUGUCUGACAAGGAUUCUACUCUUAGGGAUGACAAUAGUAUUGAAAAACUGAAUGUCACUAAAGGGAGUAGUGCUAAGUUGAAUUCUGGUGAAAAUAAAUUUGCUGGCCUUCAUGGAACAUCACUCGAACUAGAGUGUGAACUGUAUGAAAUGACUUCUAAUAUUCUGGACUCUUUAAAGAAAAGUAAGGAUGCUGCUCAUUUUAGAAGACUUUCAACUGAGUUGAAAUCAUGCUUCAAAGUCUAAUACUAAAUUUAAUUAAUGCUUGAACAAUGCUUUAUUAUGUCAAAUUUGUUUAAAUACUGCUUAAUAGGACCAAUUUUUCUCUCUUCCUAAAAAGUUGCUGAAUUUUGUCUAAAAAGACUACAUUUUUAUUUUGAAGCAAAGUAGGAACAAAGUUCAUAAAUCUGAAAAACUA